UCGAAUUUUUUUCAUUCAAAAAUAUCAAACCCCCUCUUGUUCCGUUAUCUUCACUCUCUGCAGAGACAGAGCAAGAGGUAGAAUGGUGCUCACUGCUUCGCUCACUCACACUUCAUUUCUCAAACUCUCAUCUUCCUUCCAUGGCGAAGCAUCACCGUCCUCUUCAACUUCCUCCCUUUUUACUGGCUCCCCACUCACUCUCCCACGCUCUACUACCCUUCACGGAAAUCAAUCACUUUCAAGAAAGCACUUUGUGGUUUUUGCUCGGAAGUUGGCUGGGUUGGAGGAGGCCAUGAAAAUCAGAAGAGAACGUGAACGUCAAGUUCUAACAAAGUCUAAAAGGAAUCCACCGUUGAGGCGUGGGAGAGUAUCACCACGUCUCCCUGUUCCUGAUCACAUACCAAGGCCUCCUUAUGCAGCUUCAGAAAUACUACCAGAAAUUUCAAGUGAAUAUCAAAUUCAUGAUUCUGAAGGUAUAGCUAACAUGAGGGCUUCAUGUGAGCUUGCAGCAAGGGUCUUAAACUAUGCAGGAACAUUGGUUAGGCCGUCUGUUACAACUAAUGAAAUUGAUAAAGCAGUGCAUCAGAUGAUAAUUGAUGCUGGUGCUUAUCCCUCACCCCUUGGCUAUGGUGGAUUUCCAAAAAGUGUGUGCACAUCAGUUAAUGAGUGCAUGUGCCAUGGAAUACCUGAUUCUAGGCAGUUACAGAAUGGUGACAUUAUUAAUAUUGAUGUGACAGUAUACCUGAAUGGAUAUCAUGGGGACACGUCAAAGACAUUUUUCUGCGGGGAAGUCAGUGAUGAAAUGAAAAACCUUGUUGUGGUAACUCAAGAGUGCUUGGAGAAGGGAAUAGCUGUUUGCAAGGAUGGUGCUCCUUUUAGAAAAAUUGGCAAGAGAAUCAGUGAGCAUGCUGCUAAGUAUGGCUAUGGUGUAGUGGAGCGGUUUGUUGGGCAUGGUGUGGGAAAAGUGUUCCAUUCUGAGCCAAUUAUUUUACAUCACCGCAAUAACAAAGCAGGUUGCAUGGUUGAAGGUCAAACAUUUACAAUUGAGCCUAUCCUCACAUUGGGAAGCACUGACGCCGUUACAUGGCCAGACAAUUGGACAACAGUAACAGCCGAUGGGUGUCCAGCUGCACAGUUUGAGCAUACCAUUUUGAUAACAAGGACUGGUGCUGAGAUUUUGACUACAUGUUGAUACGUAUUUUUCUUUCUUUUUUUUUUCUUCCAUUUUUUAUUUUAAUAUUCCUUGUUUCAUGCUGCAAGCCUGCAACAUCUAGAUACUUUUUCUAUUUGUAAAUAAUAAAUAAUAUCCAUCUUAAA